AUGGCGGGGCAAGAAUACAAAAUCGACCUUUGUUCCGUUGGUUUCCCCGAGAACGAUGUCGAAGAGGAGCAUAAGACUCUGUUAGCAGCCGCAACAAGCGGCAAUGGCACGACGAGUACGCAGGGAGUGUCACCUGCGAAGCUCUCGCAGCUGUUGCUGUCAGAGGGUCCUCUGGCGAUCAGAUUUAUCACUAAGGCUCUUUGCAAACAGAUUCCGGGGUUUGCAGAACUCUCAGCAUCCAAACAAAGACGAUUGAUCAUGGCAGCACUCGAAACAGGCGACAGGGCCAGCUGCGUGGUAUUCACUAAGAUCGGAUGGGGUCAUUGGUCCGCUACGAAGGUCGAAGACCCAGCCAACUUCGAUAAAGAACGCGAAGCCACCAACAUCGCCAACAGCAAGGUCAAAGACAUGGUUUCGCAAGAACGGCGCAGAAGUAGCACCGUUUCGCAGGCUAAGAAGGCCACGGUAGGCCUUAAACGCGAAGUGGAGCUGCGUGGCGGCGGCAGCGGCAGCGGCACUGGCGCUGGCAGUGGUGCCGUCUUCUUGGACGAAAACGCACUCGCGUCCGAGGACGAAGAAUACGAAGACAAUGCGGGAGCCUUGGCGGGCAGACCUGACGAACUUUACGACGACAAUGAUUUCCACGACCACGGUCACUUCAACACGGUGAACUACGAUUUUUUCAAACGACGCAAAUCCAGCGUGGUGUACGCAGACAGCUCGCCCGCGGACGACUCAGAACACGAAGCGCCGGCCGGGCCGCACUCAGGUCAAAGACCACCACUGAAAAAUAACCGACGCUCGUCGACGUCCAAAAAACGAUCGCCGUCCGUGGGCAAACGCAGCUCCUUCCGGAGCUCCAACGCCAGCCUCGAGGCUAUCACACGGCGACUUUCGUCGCCAGCCCACGUGAUCGACCAGCAGACCACCAAAAUAUCUGGAACGGCGCCCACGAAGGACCCAGAGGUCGCUGCCGUUCCCACUCGCGGACGGGAACCUCGCUUGUCGUUUUCCAAAGAGUCUGGUCUUCGAUCUACGCUGUUAUCGCACGCCAGCUACCGAUCGAGUCCCGUGCACCGUGCGUUUGACUCGCCGCUACAUAAAGAUGUGGCCUACCGGCUGAACAGCCCGUCUUCAGAUACCAAUGCACUGGCCAGUUUCAACGGCGAAGACGAUGGUGCUGCGAUUGAAGAAGACGAGGAUUUGGACCGUUCCGACACGGACGAGGAAGACUGGAAACACAUUGGCGCAGAGUCGCUGAGAAACAGUCGGGCUCCAUCGCAGAUACGGUCGCCACCACAGCUACUUUCACCACACUCUCCAGCCGCAGGCCGGCCUGCCAUGGAGCGCCAGCCCUCACAUCUGUCGUUGAGCCCGCCCGCGCUGCUGGACAGUCCGGACGCAGUACCAAAGUCCCGAACCAAGACGAUAUUGAAACCAGAGCCACAAGCUGAAACUCAAGACGCUGCGAUCUUGCUGAUGAGUCUGAAGUCGUGA